CAUCCUCGCAUCACAUGGAUGAUGAUCAAGACGCAUACAAUGCCCAGGAAGAUGAUGCCCCUUGGCCGCACGAUCCGAACGUCUUCACAGAAUCACACAGUACUUUACCAGUCUACCUCCUAGUGUGUUCGCCCGAUGUGACAAAGCCUAAAAAACUCACUCACUGCGCGUUCAACACUCUUGUCACAUGCAGGUGACAGGCAUUCUUGACAAGGGGAUUGGUCCCUUUCUUCACUUUCUUGAACAUGAACCCCAGGUACCGCACCGCCAAGACUACCAAUGAUUUUCAGCUAUUGCGAAUUCACGCGAGCAGUUCUGGAUAUGCUUGCCAGUCACCAGUAACAUCCCCGUCCGAAUAUGCUUAAACUAGGCAAUCUGGACCCAAGAUCUCCAAGAGACAUUGCAGGGCGGCAGUCUACAGGCCAUCGCACGCCCGCUUGUAGUUCCGUACCUGUACCUAGAGCGAGAGAGAGAGAGCACCCUUGUUCAUACCGCCGGCUCGGCUAGGUGAAGAAGAAGAUGGGAUGUUCAUCCUCACUGUUCUCAUGUGAACUAGUGAGGAGAGAUGAUCCAACACCUCCCCGCCCGAUAUCCUCAAUACCGGGCUUACUAUCUCACUCACUCGCAGAUCUCGUUCUCUCUUAUCCUCUGAUAACCACCACCGCGGAGCUCCAGACACCUUUUCGGACAAGCUCGAUGCAGGCCAGCGGGCUCCCAGCAGUCCUGGAGACGUCGUCCACUGGAUGCAAUGCCUCCUACCCCAUGGGAGACACUGACACCAAACCAUCGGAUUUGCUCGUGUCGUCGAACUUAUCUCAACUUGAUCACAGUACACAAAUCACCCCCUUGUAACAGCGUGGAGACUGCAUUGCGCUGGGAACAUGUUGCAGUGUAACGAGCACCGAUCAACGACAUAUUUGACGCUCAACUCUCCUUUCCUGUCACAAAAAAGGACUUGACUUGGUAUUCUGGACGAUUGGAAUUACGCUGUGAGCACUUGAAUCCUUUUUGCGCGAAAAAGGUCUUGGUCGAGCAGUGUGACAUUUCUAUAUCAUCCAGUUUCACCUCGCCAAAUCAGGGGAAGUCUCUCCAGUCUUCUGGACCGUUCUCAUCCUUCAUCAACUAUCUACGACAAGCUCACGGCGAAUUCAAGAAUCAUGGCACUCUCCCCGAUCCUCCAAGAUGCGGCAGCAUUGGUUACACGUGAGAAUCAGAGAGUCGUGGAUACCAUCGGCGACAAAGAUCCACUUCCAUACCGACCUCUCAUCUCCAUCAACGGCGCACAAUAUUUCCCCGAGCCUUACAGUUCACCACGACUGACUCCGGGCCAACGAGUCGGCAUGAUCCCCAUCGCCAGCCUAGGUACACUCUCCGUCGUAAGCACCCUCUGCCUGAUCGCCUUCAUCCUCUCACGAAUGAUCAACUGGAAAGGCCACUAUCGCACCUGGGUCGGCUACAACCAAUACGUCGUCCUCGUCCUUAGUCUGCUGGUUGCCGAUCUCGUUCAGGGCAGCGGAUUCGUGGUUAGUUGGUUCUGGAUCCGCAUCGACAUGAUCUUGGCCCCUUCAUCCGCCUGUUUCGCGCAAGGUUGGCUGCUCCACUCCGGAGACAUCUCCAGCGGCUUCUUCGUCCUCGCCAUUGCACUGCACACCUACUACACCGUCGUACACGGCAAACGUAUCGGCAACAAAACGUUCGUCGGAAUCGUCGUGGGGAUUUGGAUCUGGUCCAUCGCCAUCACCGCCGCGGGAGUGUGGAUGCAUGGCAGUCAGAGAUAUUUCACCGCUGCGGGCUCGUGGUGUUGGGUCUCGCCUGCUUUUGAAACGGAACGCUUGUGGUGUCAUUAUGUGUGGAUCUUUGCGAUUGAGGCUUCGACGAUUUUGAUUUAUUCGAUUACGUUUUUGUUUUUGAGGAGGAAAACUCGUCAGUUGAUGGCUGCUGAGGCAAACUACAACAACAACUGCACACCACCCGGCAGCGGCAGCGGCAGCAGUAGGAGUCGUCGUCCCGAAACCGCGACCAUCCAAGCUGUCAAUCGCAUCGCGAGGCUGAUGGUGUUUUAUCCCCUGAUCUAUCUCAUGCUCACCUUACCCCUCUCCGCCGGACGCAUGUGGUCCAUGUCCCGCGGCGCCCGCGCCACCGGUACCUUAUACACCUCCAUCGCCGGCGCCCUCCUCGCCUCCUGCGGCUGGGUCGACGCUUUACUCUACACCGCCACUCGCAAACGCCUGCUCAAGGAUACCAUGCCCUCCUCUACUGGUUCUGAUGCUGCUGCUUCUCACUGUUGCGAUUACAGCAACAGCAACGGCGAAAUCCACGAAGAAUGUAUGUUUUCUUCAUGGAAUAGCACGACUACCACAGAGAUGCAACAAAUGAAGCAGCUCCAGAAGGGAGGAAGUGCAAAUCCUCAUCAUGCGUCCUUAAUUUCCGACGAUGGUACUAUUCCCACUACAACUACAACGACUCCCACGAACGAUUUCGAUGCAAUGACGAUGACGAUGAAAAUGAUGUCUUCUUCUUCUCCUUCCGAUCGCAAAGAAAUCAUUUCUACUUCUACGACUGCAUCAACUGCAACAGAAACAGAAACAAUCCCUCAUGAACUCUUUGAAAGGAAACAAAGCCAAAUUUUCUCUUCUCCUCCUCCUCCUCCUGCUACUGCUACUGCUACUGCUGGUGCUGCCGCUCGCGAAAGAACGAAUAGUACCGAACCGAUGUUAUCCUCAUCUCCAUCGUCAGCAUCAGCAUCAACUUCGCGAUGGGGAAGGAGUUUUAGUCUCAGCAGAAGUAAAAGUAAGAGUAAUAAAAACUGGAGAAUGGGAAUGGGAAUGGGAAGAGCAGGGAAGACGGCGGGUGGUAGUGUAGAUCAUCAACAACAACAACAACAACAACAACAACAGAAGAAAAAUGAGGAGGAUGAGAUAUUUUGUACUACUACUACUACCGCGGCGAGAGAUGAUGAUGUUGGAGAGGAAAGUUUUGGUGGUGGUGAUGCCAGGGGAAAUCAUCAUCAUCAAUUACCAGAGGAUUUGAAAUUAGAGGUGGUAGUACCGACGAUGCCUCUGCCAGUGUAUUUGGGAGAGAAAUUUGAAUUGGGAAACGAGGAGGAAGAGAAGAGAUGGUGAGUGAGGUUUGGGUACAUGUAGGUAGUGGCUUGUUUUUGGGGAGACGGGGAAUUUCGAUAGGUAUGUCUUGGGACUGACUGGACUCCAAGAAGGGAGGGAAGGAAGAAAAAUGUAUAUUAUGAUGUAAUGAUGAGUUUUUUUAUCUGUUGUUUAUUACUUAAUAGGGUAUCUACAUAAGGUACCUGCUUGGGAGGGGGAUGUAUUCAUUUGUAUUGAUUGAGAAAAAAAAAGAGAAAUGCUAAAGAGAAGCGAAUUAUUGUGAUUGGAUGGCGUGUUAG